AUGUCAACAGCACCAAAAUUACCCGAUCCAAAUACAGGCGAACAAGGUACACCAUUAACAAGUAUUGCACCACAAGCAAAUGACAAUGCAAAUCCUCGUUAUGAAGUAGUUCAACGUGGUCAAUUACAUACACUUAAUUAUCGUUGUUAUUUCCGUGAUACUCAAACAAAAGCACUUGUUUCACCCUUUCAUGAUAUUCCACUUGUUAACGAACAAUAUACAUCAUCAACUGGAAAUCAAAAAGAUAUUAUUUAUAAUAUGGUUGUUGAAGUACCACGAUGGACAAAUGCUAAAAUGGAAAUCAAUAAACAAUUAAAAUUAAAUCCAAUUGUUCAAGAUAUUAAGAGUGGUAAACCACGUUUUGUUCAUAAUGUAUUUCCUUAUCAUGGUUAUUUAUGGAAUUAUGGAGCAUUACCCCAAACAUGGGAAGAUCCAAAUCAUGUUGAUGAAGAUACAAAAACAACAGGUGAUAAUGAUCCAUUAGAUGUAUGUGAAAUUGGUACAAAUCUUCAUGCAACUGGUUCAAUUGUACCUGUCAAAAUUGUUGGUGUACUUGGUUUAAUUGAUGAAGGUGAAACUGAUUGGAAAUUAAUUGGUAUUGAUAUUCGUGAUAAACUUGCAUCACAAAUUAAUGAUAUUAAUGAUGUUGAUAAAUAUCUUCCAGGUUUACUUGAAGCUACACGACGUUGGUUUAAAUAUUAUAAAGUUCCAACAGGUAAACCACCAAAUAAAUUUGCACUUAAUGAACAAUAUGCUGAUCGUGAUUAUGCUCAACGUGUUAUAAAUGAAACACGUAAAUAUUGGGAAAAAUUAGCAAGUGGUGAAACAAAAGUUGAAGAAAAAGUUUGUUCAAUUACAAAUACAACAUUAAAUAAUCGUGGUACAGUAACAAAAGAUGAUGCCGAUAAGAUUCCUGAAGGUGAUGAAAAACAUCAAGAACCCGCUAAAAUUGAUUCAACAGUUCAUAAUCUUGCUUAUAUUCAAGAUGAAGAAGAACGUACAACAAAAGAAAAGAAAUUUUAA